AUGAGGAUGUCAUUCCUGGAUUACAAUAUGUCCGAUAGCGCAGUACCAAACAAUUAUUUCGUUAAUUCUGACAUAGAUCAGCAAUUCGUCAGCAACGUGCCACAAUUAUCGACAAUGACUUCCAUCGUGGUGAAUGUCACAUUAUCAACAGUUACCCAGUCUGCACGAGCUAAUAUUUUUGAAAGCUUAAUCAUACCAUUGUACGGAACGAUAUUUUUACUUUCUGUCGUUGGGAACUCGUUGGUAUUAAUUACAUUGGCACGUAACAAGAGGAUGCGGACUGUGACCAACGUUUACCUACUAAACCUGGCUGUUUCGGAUCUACUGCUGGGUGUCUUCUGCAUGCCUUUUACCCUUCUUGGACAGAUGUUGAAGAAUUUCGUCUUCGGACUAACAAUGUGCAAGCUCAUACCGUACUUCCAAGCUGUAUCCGUGUCUGUUGGAGUCUGGACAUUAGUCGCCAUUUCCUUGGAGCGUUACUUCGCCAUUUGCAGACCGUUAAAGUCGAGAAGGUGGCAGACGCAAUUUCACGCUUACAAAAUGAUCGCUGUCAUCUGGAUAGCUAGUCUUACGUGGAAUGCACCAAUCCUCGUCGUUUCGCGACUACAGAAUAUACGAGGAGGAAGACGCAAGUGUCGAGAAGAAUGGCCAAGUGUCGGUACCGAACGAGGUUACAAUCUCUUUUUGGAUGGAACGUUGCUUUUAAUUCCAUUAAUUGUGAUGAGCCUAGCUUAUUACUUAAUCGCGGCAAAACUUUGGCGGGGAUUACGCCAGGAAAUAAGACAAACAUCAACUUGUCAACAACGUCUGGAGAGAACAGAAUCCAGCGGAACAGUGCGGAGUUCAACAUACGACAAUGGUGAUCGAGGUGCAGGCACUACCGUUGUCCUGAAUGCUUGUGGCGCGUCCUCAAGAUUAAGACGAGGGUUUUCCUCCUCCUCCCACGGAUAUUUCCAAGGUGCUCUCCAGGAAGUACCGUCUAGGGUGAGAAAAUGACGAUCGAAUAUCGUACGUGUACCGCGUACGAGAACCUCCAAAGCCCUCGCUGGGAAAUGUCAAGCACCGGAUUUUUCUCAUGAGUCAAGGCUGCAGGUUCGCAGCAAUGGAAGCAGUUGCCUGUCGAAACAUACAAAGGUUUCUAUCAACGUAGAUCAACAGGAUUCGGGAUGUCCAUUCAACAGACAACACGUAAUACGUAGCAAUUAUAUGGGCAAAAGUAUCGAAGCGAAAAAAAAGGUGAUCAGGAUGCUGUUUGUAAUUGUGCUGGAAUUUUUCGUUUGUUGGGCACCGCUGCAUGUGAUCAAUACGUGGUAUCUUUUUGCACCAGAAUUGGUGUACUCCAUGAUCGGAAGCACGGGUAUUAGCCUGAUACAGUUGCUCGCCUACAUUUCUAGUUGCUGCAAUCCUAUCACGUACUGUUUCAUGAACAGAAAGUUUCGACAGGCGUUUCUUAGCCUCUUCAACUGUCAUCGUUGUUGGAGAAUAGGAUGUAGGAACAGCGAUAUUGCUAUGACAUCUACAAGGAACACUGCGCAAGUUGGGAACAACAGUGAACUGAGCGGGAACGAAUCAACAAUUUACCUUGGAAAAGCUUCCCUCGUCGCUAGAUCUGAGGUAGUACGGCUCCUGGAGGAGGAAGACCAAGUCUAG